AUGAUCCAAGGUAAUAAUAAUGAUAAUAAUAAUAGUAGUACUAGUAGUAAUAAUAAUACUAAUAGUAAUAAUACCGAUAAUAAUAAUGCCAAUAGUAAUGAUAAUAAUAAUGGUAGCAAUAAUAAUAGUAAUAGUAAUAACAAUAGUGGCAGUAAUAGUAAUAAUACUAAUGGUAAUAAUAAUAAUGGGAGUAACAUUAAUAGUACUAAUAGUAAUAAUAAUACUAAUAGAAAUAAUAAUAAUAAUAAUGACAAUAAAAGAAAAGCAAUAUUGAAAUCAACUUAUCAUUGA